AUGGCGGCCCCCGGGGGCACCGCGGGGACAUUCCAGGCUCUGGAAUGCGGCGGCGACGACCCGCAUUCCAUGGGAUGGGCUCCCAUUCCCGUCCUGCGCCAGGUUUUGGCCGCCUGUGUUUAUCCCGAACUUUUGGACACGGACACGUUUCCCGAGGCCGUUCGGAGCCGGGCCCGCCGGAUCCUGCGGGAGAUGGACAGCGGGAAUAUCGGUGGGUACAACCACGAGCACCGAUCCCGGUGUGUUCCCGAGCGCGUGUCCCGGUUCCUGGAGCGGCGGGACGGGAUCCCCUCGGACCCCAAAAACAUCAUCCUGUGCAGCGGCACCGCCUCCAUCCUGCCGUUCGUGCUGUCUCUGCUGGUCGAUCCCCGCUCGGCGGUGCCCACGGGGGUCCUGGUGCCCGUGCCGGGCCCCCCCCUGGCCGCGCUGGCCGCGGGGCUGGCGGGGGCCGUGCCCAUCCCGUACCCCCUGGAGGAAUCCCGGGAAUGGGCCCCGGACGUGGCCGCGAUCCGCCGGGAGCUGCGGGACGCGCGGGGCCGCUGCACCCCCAAAGUGCUCUGGGUCGUCAACCCUGGGGACCCCACGGGCCAUGUUCUCAGCCGCCAUUCCAUGCUGGCCCUGCUGUCUUUGGCGUUCGAGGAGCCGCUGCUGCUGCUGGUGGAUGAGCCCCAUUCCCAGGCACUCCCUGCCCCAUUCCCACCCCAUUCCCACCCCAUUCCCCCUUUUCCAGCCCCAUUUCUCUGUCCAAUUACCCAUUCCAUUCCCAGGGCACUCCCUGCCCCAUUCCCACCCCACUCCCACCCCAUUCUCGCCCCAUUCCCACCCUAUUCCCAGCCCAUUCCCAGCCCGUUUCCCAUCCCCAGGUGCACCAGGGCACUCCCUGCCCCAUUCUCGCCCCAUUCCCACCCCAUUCCCCCCCGUUUCCCCCCCCAGGUGCACCAGGAACGCUCCUUCUCCCCGGAUCGCCCGUUCGUGUCGUUCCGCCGGGCUCUGGCUGAGGCCGGGCCCCCGCUCUCCUCCUCCGUCCAGCUCGUCUCCUUCUACUCCCUGUCCAAGAGCGCCGCCGGAGAGAGCGGCUUCCGCGCGGGGUUCCUGGAGCUGGUGAACAUCGAGGAGGGGGUUCGGGAGCUCUUCCAGCUGGCCCAGUCCAUCCCCCGGCCCUGUGUGCCCGGCAGGAUCCUCCUGGACCUGCUCAUGGACCUGCCGGACCCAGCAGAUCCCAUCGCGAGGGCGGUGCAGGAGCACCGGGUGUCCCUGUGCCAGGCUCUGUCCCGGAACGCUCGGAGGGUUCAGGAUGUUCUGGGCUCAGUCCCCGGGAUUCGCUGCCCGGCCCCGGCCGGGGGGCCCCGAGCCCUCCUACGGGUACAGGGCACGGACACCGACAGGGCGCUGUCACUGUCCCGUGUUCGGUACCGGCGGUCGGAGGAGCUCCCGGAGGAGUUCCCGGGGGUGUUCCCGGGGGUGUCCCCGAAGGAGCUCCCGGGGGUGUUCCCGGGGAGCCACUUCGGGCUCGAGGGGGGCUCCCACCUGGGGCUGUCGCUGCUGCUGCCGCCGCAGACGCUGGAGAGGGUCCUGCUGCUCCUCACCCGCUGCCAAAGCCCAUCCCAGCCGGAAUGAUCCCAAGGGACAGGAGCCCCCGGGCUGGGGAGGGA